AUUUGAAGAAUAAAAUGGCAUCCGCUACAAGAAUCAUACAUAACAGUAUAAAUUUCAUUCAUAGAUAUAACUUAUCAACUUGUAUACUUUCUGGAUUAUCACAAGUUCGACAUUAUGCAGCCAGAAAAAGUACCAGAGAAAAAGCAAGAAAAAAGAAAUCAUUAACAAUAAUGAAAAAACUGACAUUGGCCGACAAAAUACAAAAAUCCAAAAAAAAUAAAGUUGUUCAAGUAAUAAAACCUGAUGCCCUACGAUAUUUUGAUGAAAGCAAACCUGCACCGACAGAUGAUGUUUAUCUAGGUCGAAUUUUUAAAUGGAAUAUAUAUCCAUUUUCGGAAGCUAUUUUAAAUCAUCGUGAAUUUUUUCAUCCAACCAUGUAUGAUUAUAAAGAUCCUUAUGUACAACUUCUUAUUGAAUUUAAUAUGAAGGGUGUAAAGAAAACAAAACCUGUAGAACCUUUUAAAAAAUUACUUAAUAUUAAACACAAAUUUGAUCAUGGUGAAGAAAGAAGAAUCUUAGCGAUCUGCCCUCCAGAAGAAGAGGCAGCACUUGAAGCUGCAGGUGCUCUUCAUGCUGGUGGAACAAAUAUAGUAAAAGAUAUCAUGAGUGGAAGCAUAUCAUUAGAUAACUUUGACAUAGUUAUCGCAAAUGUAAAAUUAAUGCCGGAAAUAUUAACAAUCAGAGGCUUACUAAAAAAGAAAAUUCCAACUUUAAAAGCAGAAACGUUGGGAGGAAAUACAUUGAAGUUGUUAAACCAUCAACUUAAUUCUGUAACAUGUUCUGUCAAAACCUAUAAAGACUUUCCAGAAUAUGGUUAUUCGACUGUUUCUAUAGGAACUUUGGACAUGGAUAUUAAUCAUUUAGAAGAAAACAUGAAAAUAAUUAUAGACAAUCUGAUGCUAUCAAAACCAAAGAGAUCUGGCAGUUUUAUUACAAGAAUUCGAGUAAUAUGUCCUCCAUCAAAUGAAAAAUUUAAAAUUAAUCACAAUUUAUACAUUAAAGAAGAAAAAAUCAACACUGAAAUUGAAGAUGAAGUUGCUUUACCUUUAGAAUAAUAUAUGUCCAUAUAUUUUAUAAAAUACAGACCAGUGUAUAAUAUUUAGACACAUUACAUUACCUUCUUAAACUCGCGUGCUUAA